CGCACGCGUAGGUGCAAUCGAAUUUCUCGCGUGCUUUGCGCAAGAGCUGGAAGGCAUCGGUGCCGUAAGUGAACGCUAGACGGAAGCGGGAUGGAUCAUUCUCAGGGUGUUCGUAGCAUGUUUGCUCACGGGCGUGUUGUUUUGUAGACACCGAGCCUUCUGUCUGCAAUUCGGGGAGCGGUGCAAUUUAAGCACACGAUCUUCCGUGUCCGUUGCGUGCAGCGCGACUUAUUUGCAAAUUUGGAGCUGAAGCUUCCUCUGUGAAUCUUAAAAUGGAUCAACUUUUUAAAACAGGAAAAACAGUACUACCUAGUUUGGCUAAUUGGGUUGUGUGCUGUCAAAGACAGAGUUACAGAUCUUACUGCAAUUUUCAUAGAAAACAAACGCUUUUUCCACAAAUGAACCUGCGGGAUGACAUUGUGGCAUCCCAGGAGAGCAAAUCUGGAGAACUGAUGUGUAAAAGCCAAACAUUGAUGUUACAGACUGGACUGAUUUGUCCUGCCAACCCUGGAUGCUAUUACUACAUGCCUUAUACUGUCCGAGCAUUAGAGAAGCUUAUCAAAGUGUUAGACCAAGAAAUGCAGGCCAUAGGUGGUCAAAAAGUGAAUAUGCCCACAUUAUGUUCAGGAAAGCUUUGGAAAGCCAGUGGAAGAUGGGAACUGAUGGGCAAAGAGCUUUUGCGAGUGACAGACAGGCAUAGUCAAGAAUAUUGUUUAGGGCCUACCCAUGAAGAGGCCAUUACAUACCUAGUAGCCUCUCAAGGCUCCUUGUCCUACAAACAGCUUCCUCUCUUGUUAUAUCAGGUAACAAGGAAGUUUCGAGAUGAGCCGAGACCUCGUUUUGGGUUACUCCGUGGCCGAGAGUUCUAUAUGAAGGAUAUGUAUACUUUUGAUGCCUCUGAGGAGGCUGCCCUUCAGACCUAUGCUCUUGUGUGUAAAGCUUACAGCAACAUAUUCAACCGGUUGGGGCUUCAGUUCCUGAAAGUCCAAGGAGCAACAGGAAGCAUUGGAGGGACAUUGUCUCAUGAAUUCCAGCUACCUUCUGAUGUUGGUGAGGACCGAUUGGUGAUGUGUGCCAACUGUGACUUUUCAGCCAAUCUAGAAAUAGUAAAGUCAGAUGAGAUGCAUUGCCCUAUUUGCAAAGGAAGACUGGUAGAGAAUAAAGGAAUUGAAGUGGGCCACACAUUCUUCUUGGGAACUAAAUAUUCUUCUGUUUUUAAAACUACUGUCCAAACUGCUGACAAUCUGCCUGUUCUAGCUGAAAUGGGAUGCUAUGGAUUAGGUGUCACUCGUAUCCUUGCGGCCUCCAUUGAAAUACUCUCAACAGAGAAUGCCAUUCGUUGGCCAAACCUCAUAGCACCCUAUCAAGUCUGCCUUAUUCCCCCCAAAAGUGGCAGCAAGGCACACAAAAUAGCAGAGCUUAUAGAGGAUUUACACAGGUGUAUUGCUGAAGCUAUACCCCAACUUAAAGAAGAACUUGUAUUGGAUGACCGGACCCAGUUCACCAUUGGAAAAAGGUUAAAAGACGCUGACAAACUUGGCUACCCCUUUGUUAUAAUAUGUGGGAAGAAGGCUUUGGAUGAACCUCCUCUGUUUGAAGUGUGUAACCAAAACACUGGUGAAACCCUAUUCCUUACCAAAGAGGCCACAAUUGACUUGCUACAUAAAGUCCAAAUUCCCUAAGUGCUGGAUUGUCAGCUUGGGGCUCUGAAAUAUUAAAAAUUUUCAUAUGAAAACCUACA